AUGUCCACCAGCCCACACCCACCCACACUGUACGAUAUUCUAGAAGACGUGCAAUUGAAAACGCAAUGCCAGGUCAACGGCACGCCGGAUCAAUACCUACCGAGGAACCAAAGUGUCCCUUACACGUUAGUGAAUUUUGAAAAAUUCCUGCGUCACUGCCAUUGCGAGGAGAAUUUGUUGUUCUUGGAAGCCACACAGAGGUUCGUGGUGCCGACGAGGGAAAGAACUAAGGAUCGAUUGGCUCAGUUUGAUUUACAGGCUUGGAAUGAAUCCGUUUAUGAAAGGUUUAUUUCUUCUGAGGCGGAUCUGCAGUGUAAUUUCCCACAGGAUAUUACGAGGAAGUUCGAGGUUUGUUAUAAGAGAGGGGUGCCGCCUACUCAGGAAAUGAUUUUUAGUGCCAGGCAACAUGUGGUCAAGUUAUUAUUGGAAGUUUAUAGACAGUUCUUGUCUAGUGUCAAUUCCAACAAGAGGAACUAUAUCAUUGAAGAGGAAGAGGAGGAGGACAUCCAGAGUAUCAUGACUGACAUAAGUGAUUACGAUUAUACAAGUUUACAGCAGCAGCCACCACCUCAAGAUGUGGAUUCCCAGAGGCAGAAUAUGUGGUCUUCCACGGAUUCUAAUAAGCAGCGAUUGGAGAAAUCCACGUCUUUGGGCGGACAGGAACGUAUCAAUGAUUCCAUUAGAUAUUUGAAUGAGGAACAUAACGCCAAUGUGAAGACCGGUCAUGAUCUGAGAAAGUCCAAGACCAUUGAAGCUGGGUACCGUAGCAACAAGUUUCUGGAUUCCAGUCGCAAGUUUCUUAACAAGUUGAAGAUCAAAAGUAAGAAGACCUCCAAUAUAUAG